CUGAAAGGGUGGGUCUAAACACUCAGGCUCUAAAGUAUCAAAGGUUAAUCUAUGCAGCAAAAACUGGUGGCUUGAUUUGAAUCAAAAUUGUGACAAGCCAGAAGUCUCACUCACAACAAAGUUUCUCCUGAUAAACUUUCCAUCCUGGACCCCGGAAGAUGCUUUUGAAGAGGUGAGUGAAUCACGAGUCAGGACCUUCCUUAUCUCUGUCUGAACCAUCACUGGAAACAUAGAAAUGGCUUUGGAGUUCUCAAAAGCCUUGAAUAUUUUUGUAUUAUGUGCCUUACUGUCUCCUGGAAGCUCCCAGUGGUGGAACAUUUUUCAGGCUAAAGAGAAGGAAGAAAUUUCAACAACUCAGCCUGCACAGAUUGUAACUACACAGACCGAAGAAGUUGCAACAACUAAACGUACAGAAACUGCAACGAUGCAGCCUGUAGAAAUUGCGACAACUCAAUCUGUAGAAGUGGAACACAUUCAACCAGCUGAAAUUGCGUCAGCUGUGACCGUAAAAGCUGAAACAGCUCAAGCCAAAGAAAUUGUGAAUACUCACCGCGCAGAAACUACAGCAAUGCAACCUGCAGAAAUUGCACCAAAUCAACCUGCAAAAGAUCAAGCCACAGAAAUUGCAACAACCACGGGUAAAGUGAGUCAAGUCACUAAAAGUACUGCAUUCUUCCAAGCUGAGGUUAGCUCAGGAGCAGUUGAUUAUAAUUUGGAAAGUGAAGAAGAGAAAGUAAAGAUUAAAUCUCUCAGCUCUGUUUCACCCUUACCUGGAAAUGCCACAACCCCAGUACCAGAGGACAAGUCAACAUCUACACCAGGUAUUGAACUACAGGAGGACAUCAAUCUGCUCAGUCUGGUUCCUGAAGACUCUCCAGAUGUAUCCAAGACUGAAGGGCUGGAAGGGAGAACUGGGUUGAAUUUCCACAAAGAUUUCACCCCCACACCACGGCUAAUUCAAACUGUCUUUCCAGAGCCAUUUUACAAAGAUUUUGCUGUCCUAGUCACACUGAAGCAAACUAAUUUGAAGGGUGGGGUGAUCUUUGCAGUCGUGGAUUCUUCUGGGAAGGUCAUUAGCCUUGGAGUUAAGUUAUCCCCAGUGGAAGAUGACAUGCAACAUAUCGAACUUUAUUACACCCCUCCAUAUUCUGAUGCUUCCAGAAAAGCAGUUUCCUUCAAAGUGCCGGCCAGGAUCAAAAGGUGGACACGUUUUGGGCUCCAUGUUGAAGGAAAUUCGGUGACCCUGAACCAGCAAUGUCAGAGACCCCAACGACUUAAAUUCAAAAGGUCAUGGGAACCUCUAGAGUUUGAACCGGAUUCUAAAAUACUCAUUGCAAACGCUGAAGAAGCAGACGGGGACAAAUACAUUGGUGCCAUUCAACAAUUGACUAUCACACCAAACCCUGAGGAUGCAGAGAAGCUGGAGAACAUGAUGUGUGAUGAAAACCUGGUGAUUGAAGGUGAUGAUGAAGAUGACCAAGAGAUUUCUGGUAUGAUGGAGACUGUGGAUCCAAACAUUCAGAUGACCACAUUACAACCGAAAAUUCCUGACCAGCCAGAAGCAACUCCUGACCAGAAAUCCGUACUCGGCUCUGGGGAGGAGGCUAUCACAAGUGCUCCUGUCAAACUGGAUAUUUUAGAUGUGAAAGAAGACAUUGACAUCAAGCCUGAGAUUGAAGAGUCCUGGCCAUUGUCAAAAGGAGACAAGGAUAAAGUUGAUCCAUGUGUCUGCCCUGUGUCACCUGGGCCUCCAGGGCCAAAGGGGGCACGGGGGAUCCCAGGCCAACCCGGGCUAUCUGGAAAAGAUGGAGCACCAGGUCCCGUAGGUCCAGCUGGCCCUGAGGGACCCCCUGGAUUAGCAGGAUUACCUGGACUACCAGGAUUACCUGGGCCACCUGGAUUACCUGGACCGCAAGGAUCGAGUAAAGAAACCAGCUGGUCUGGAAAAGCGACAGAAACUCCUGGAAGCCCAGGCAUUCCUGGAGAACCUGGUGUGGAUGGACUCCCGGGGCCAAGAGGCUUACCGGGUGAGACUGGUUUACCAGGAAUUCCAGGACCACGUGGACCAGCAGGGCCCCCGGGGCAAAAAGGAGACAGAGGGGAUAAAGGGCCCAAGGGUGAAGAAGGGCAGCGAGGAUUGCCAGGGAUUAGCCGUCCUGGUACUAAGGGUGAAAAAGGUGACAUUGGACCUCCAGGCCCAGUACCACUCUGUCAAGAUGGUUCGCAUUUUCCUUGUGAAGAAUACACUAUUAGUGGUGAAAAGGGUGAAAAGGGGGAUCCAGGUCUUCGAGGUGAACAGGGUUUCCCUGGACUGGCUGGUCCUCCAGGACUUCCAGGCUCUAUUGGACUACCGGGGCCCAUGGGUGUAUGUGAUCAGAAAUGUGUCUGCAUGCCAGGACCCCAGGGUCCCCCAGGACCCCCUGGACCAGCCAGCUCCCAAUUGUUUGACAUUUCUUCCAGUCAGAUGCUGGAGAAACUGAGGGGAGAAAUUGGCCCACCUGGAAGACCGGGGCGUCCAGGACUGAAAGGAGAGAAGGGAGAGCCAGGUGUUUCAGAAGAACAUGGAGGAGCUCCUUGUGGACUCCCAGGUACGCCAGGUGUUCCUGGUAUUCCAGGACCUCCGGGACUUCCAGGACCUCCAGGGAUUCCAGGAUCGUUUUAUUACAAUAGAAUUUUCCCUGUUCCUCCAAGACCUCACUGCAAAAUACCUGUGAACCAAGACGUCAGGACCCCAGACCUUCAAGGUCCCAAGCCCACUGAUAAUGUCUUAGAGAGCAGCAUGAAGAGCCAGGUCUUCAAGAAUGUUGACCUCAUGCUGAAGGCAACUCCGAUGGUUCCCGAAGGCUCCCUGGUCUAUGUGACAGAGGAAAAUAAAGUUUUCAUUCGACUGCUUAAUGGUUGGAGCAAACUCUGCCUUGAAGACUUCUUCCCUGGCAUUGCUUCUGAUGAUCCUGCUGUAUCAGUUAAAGUGCCUGAUGAGUCCCCUAUUCAAAAAUCUAUGGUUAAAGUGCCUGAUAGCUCCCCUGUUCAAGGAUCAGUGCUUCACCUGGUGGCUCUGAACACGCCCCUCACGGGUGAAAUGACUGGGAUCCAUGGCGCUGACCUACAGUGUUUCCAGCAGGCUCGGGAAGCCAGAUUGCAAGGAACUUUCCGAGCUUUCCUCACCUCCAAUAACCAGGACUUGAUCUCCAUCGUGAGGAGAUCUGACAGGAUCGCCAUACCAAUUGUCAAUCUCAAGGGUGAAACGCUGUUUUACAAUUGGGACUCCCUCUUCAGUGGCUCCGGGGGACAUUUUAACCCCAAGGUGCCUAUAUAUUCAUUCCAAGGACAAAAUGUCAUGACUCAUUCCACAUGGCCUAGGAAGAUGGUCUGGCAUGGCUCAAGCACCAGAGGGAUUCGUGUUUCAGGCAAUUUUUGCAAUGAAUGGAGGAGAGGGUCUGGUGCGAAUGGACUUGCAGCAUCACUCGUGAGUGGGAAGUUGCUGGGACAGCACUCAUACAGCUGUUCCAAUCCCUUCAUCGUGCUCUGCAUUGAAAACAGCGUUACACACAGGCCUGGCAGGGAGCAGUAACUGUUAGCAUCUAUCGUAUGUUUAUGCUUUUACAUAAGGUCAAGUGACUGAGAUUCCCACUUUUGCACUAUUGUGAGAAAGAAUUGUGUUGGGUAUAUUUCUCUUUCUGGCAUUGCUUAGAUCCACGCUCUCGGUUAGCUCUUUGUGACAUUUCCCAGUUAUAUAUGUAAUGCCCCUGCUGUUGGUUUUCCAAGUGAGAUGCCUUCAGUGAAUAAAAACAAAAGUAUUGAAACUCCUGUUCAGAGAGAAUUCUCAUUGCCAGCUUUUCUACUGCUGUAUUUGAAUGAACAGAGAGCGAGGUGGUGGCCUGGUUAACUGCUGCAGACAAUACGGGGCAUGAUGCGAUGGAUUGAAUAGUGGUGAUAGGAUGGCCAUGGAGAAGGAGGAGAGGAAAGGGGCGGCACGGUGGCUCAGUGGUUAGCAGUGCAGCCUCACAGCACCGGGGACCUGGGUUCGAUUCCACACUCAGGUGACUGUCUGUGUGGAGUUUGCACAUUCUCCCCUUGUCUGCGUGGGUUUCCUCCGGGCGCUCCGGUUUCCUCCUACAUUCCAAAAACAUGCAGGUUAGGUGGAUCAGCCAUGCUAAAUUGCCCGUAGUGUUCAGGGGUGUGUGGGUUAUAGGGGGUUGGGUCUGGGUGGGAUGCUUCAAGGGGCAGUGUGGACUCUUUGGAUCAAAGGACCUGUUUCCACACUGUAGGGAUUCCAUGAUUCUAUUCUAUUCUGUGAAAGCCAAUAAGGCCAGAUGGACGCUGUUUGGGGGAGAAAAAACUUAAGAUACAGUGAGAUUGCAAGAAGAAUGGAUGACUGACUGCAGAAAUGUAGGAAGCAGGAGCAUGGAAGGCUGGACUGAGUCAGCUUAUUCCGCUAGAUCAAGACUCAACUUCAACCCUGACACCAUUUUUCCACAUUAAUCCCAAAUCUUUUGAUAUCUUUGACAGCUAAAAGUCCAUCAGUUUCUGUGUUGCGUGUACUCAAUGACUGAACCUCGGAGGUAAAUAAUGACACUAUCUGAGUGAGAAAUUCCCUCCUUAUCUGGUGCAAUCGACCUACCCCUUAUUCUGAGAUUGGCUCCAGACCCCUGAGCCGUGGGAAACAUCCUUCCGACCCCUCUGUCAGAAUUUUGAAUGCUUCAAAAGGAGGAGUUGGGAAAAAAAGGCUGAUCAACCAACUGUGUGCAACUCGAAUUUAGAGCAGCAGGUGUGACAUCUUACAGCACUGUUCACAAGGUUGUCCCUAAUCUCACAGCUGGCCCAUUUUAUUCAGGCCGUAGCCACAGCGAGUUAAAAGUAAGAGGUAUCACCACAGUCACACUCUCUCAUUAGAGAGCACGAUGCCUGGUAGCGAGUUUAAUCCAAGGGCCAUCACCCCUCAGGUGACAUCAAACAGUGUCGGGGAUUGAACCCAUGCUGUCAGCAGCAUAAACCAGCCAUCCAACCAAUGGAACGAAACAGAAACAAGCACGUUCAAUCAGAAAAUUGGCCAACCUGAGUGAAUCAUGUAUUCUGUUAUCCUCAUUUUUUUAAACACUAAAGUGAAGUUCACCCUUUCAAAACAUUGGCAGAUUGACAACUGUAGCAAUUUGCAAUUCUCCUGAAACAGAGAAAGAACAAAACUGGUGCAUUCAAAAUACAACAGCAUGUGCGAACUUUCAAUGUGUGGAACAAGCCAAGUUCUUAUAAUAACAACACAAGUACAAUCUUCACUAUUUCCAAAUUACUUUGUGUAUUACAAGGUUGAUUCGAAACGGAUGUGACAGAUUCUGUAUUUUUAAGAAACAAUCUUGCCUGAAUAGUAGCUGCAUUACUGCCUGCUUCAGUCACCUUCGGAUUAGAAGACACAAUUUUAUUUUAUCAACAAGAUAUCUUCUCAAGAUGAGCUUGACAAAAUCUUCUCCCUUUUAGCCUAAUGCAGUUGAUACAGACAAUACGCUAUCACAUUGAUGUAAGGACCACCUGCCAGCCUCAAAAUAAAGACAUCUACUGUGUGUCUUUCAGAAAAUCAACAGGACUGAGUAGCCUGGUGGUAAAGUGAAUUGUGAUGUAGGCAGUUUGAUUCAUUACACAUUUUUCAUAUCAUUUAUUGUACAUUUGGGUAUUGGGUUUCUGAGCUAUUAACAUGUGAGUUUUCUGAGUGUCUGAAGUUAAUAAAUAACUUUGAAGUAAUUCUGUAA